UACACUUAUUUCACUAUGUCUUCAGAACCGAACAGACUUCGUUGACCGUCAAAGGCUGUCUGUAAUUUCUUACGCGGAUACAGUUCGAAUGGUAAAUUGUUACAAUUAGGACGAUUAAAAAAUGUUUUCCCCGAUAUCGAGUCUGUUUAGACAUUUGGCAAGUCAAUAUGGCGUUCUCUCCACAGAUUCUUUGAAACAAAUGCAAAGGAAUGAAAUGGAAUUAGAUCACUUGAAAUAAUUAAAUAUUUAAAGAGCAUUUAAAGAGACAAAAGGAAAACGUGUAUGUAAAUAGAAAUAUAAGAUGUUCGAAUCUCCAAGAAGUUUACGGGAGGUUUGCAUCGAUUAUAUCUGUGACAAUAUUUCAAGUUUGUGCACAUGCCGUAUUAACGAUGCGGAUGAACAGUCCCCUAGUUUAGCAGGCACAACUACUUACAAUCAGAAUGUUAAGUCUUCGAUAAGUACCAGUAAUGUAGAUAUUCCAUGCACGACAAUAGCUAGGGCAUCUAGCGAUGUGUCGUCAACUCCAACAACAACAUUUAGUUUUUGGCAUUCAGAUGUUUUUUUACCUGCUGAAAUUUCAGAGCAGUUAUUAUCUAAUCUUUGCGAAAAGAAAAGAUUAACAGACGUCACUAUUACGCUUUUCGAUUCAAAGUCUACCAGAUUAAGACACGUGCGAUUAAAAGAUGCAUCCGCAUUAACAGCAAAGGGCUUAAAAGUUUUAAAACAGCAUAAAGUAGAAGAAUUGGUAGUAAAUGGAUUAAAGAUAACUGUUAAUGAUCUAAUAAGUUGUUUAAGUGAUUGGAGUUUACAAAACCUUCGAUCAUUGAGCGUGGCAAAAGGAAGUUUUAUGGGUUGUUCACGGUAUUGCGUGCUAGUAACGUUAAGCAAAUUAAGAGCUCUGAAUACAUUGAACGUAUCAGGAACAGAGUUUAAUAAACAUGGUUUGGAAAUAGUAGUCGAAGACCUUCCUCUUUUAGAGAGUUUAGAUAUUUCGUGUACAAAAGUUGAUGAUGUAACACCGUUAAAAAAAUGUAAAAAUCGUCUGAAGUCUCUUAUCAUGUAUAAUUUGAAGAUAGAUGAAAGUGCAAAUUUAAUCUCAGUAUUAUUGGAGCUAAAUGCAUUGAGAAAUUUAGAUAUUUCCGAUGAGAAAGAUAUGCAUGCUGUUAACUCUGUGUUAGGGCCUGCAAAACCAAAAAUAGGACAAUUUUUGAAAGCUAUACAUUGUAUGCCAUAUCUAACUAAUUUAGAUUUAUCUGGUAAAGGUGAUAUAGAUUCGAAAGACUUGAAAGAAUUUAUUAAAGCUCAUCUGUAUUUAAGGUUUUUGGGACUUGUAAGCACAGAUGCUUGUUACGAAGACAGUUUAACAAACUCGGCAAAUGCAGACUAUAGACCUGAACUUGUUGUUAGUGGUACAGCAACAGAAUCUCAAAUUUUAGAAGCCCUCAGAAGAUAUACAUGCAGACCACUCUAUCUAGAGAAAUGUUUGCUUAAUUUAUUCCGGUUAACGCAUAACUUUCUUGAACCACGGGUUGAUGUUAUAAAGUUAGUGUUAGCUGGAAUGAAAGAACAUCCACAGGAAGUUCGUGUGCAGGUACCAUGCACUGCAUGCCUUUAUAAUCUUUCCAAAGGUGAAUUUGCUAUUAUGAUUCAUCCAUCGAUACUCAAGCAAGUAGUAGAAUUGACCAUGGUAGCAAUGGAAUCUUAUCCGACUAGUCAUCGGCUACAAAUGAAUACGCUACUGACGUUAUGCAGCGAUAGAAUUUUACAGGAUGUUACCUUUGACAAAUACAGAUGCGCAACAUUAGUAAUGAAUUCCUUGUUAAUUUUCAAUGACCAAUCAAUGAUUCGUAUGUCUGUUGCCAUUUCCUCGAUAUUGGCAGCAAAAAUAACACCGGUAGAAACAUCUAAGCUUGGUGCUCAGCCACAGUAUAUGUCUAAAUUACUCUCGAUAGUUAGGUCUAGAGUCGAAUCUAAAUCAGUAGAUAUAACAAUGAAAUUUACAUUAAGUGCUCUAUGGAAUUUAACCGAUGAAAGUGCUUCAACGUGUACAGCCUUUCUAGCUCAAGGUGGAAUAGAGUUGUUUCUUCAAAUGCUUGAAAAUUUUCAAGGAGAGUCUAGCGUUGAGACUAAAGUACUGGGUUUACUAAAUAAUAUAGCAGAGGUUCAUUAUUUAAGACCAAGGCUUAUGAUACCUAAAUUUUUGUGGAUGCUUUCUUUGUUGCUGAAUUCGGCGCACAUUGAUGUAUCUUACUUCGCAGCAGGUAUUACUGCACAUUUGCUUAGCGAUGGACCACGGCUAUGGAAUACAACGACUUUACAACAGACUAGAGAUGAAUUACUGCAACAAUUAGCUCAUUCUGUGACACAUUGGCGAACACCUCAAGGAGAAAUGGUUGCUUAUAGAAGUUUCCAACCAUUUUUCCCGCUUUUAUGCUGCUCAGAUACUCCUGUUCAACUUUGGGCAGUUUGGGCAAUACAGCACGUGAUUACAAAAAAUCCAAAACAUUACUGCAGCAUGUUAAUCAGAGAAGAUGGUGUAAAAAUAUUAAACUAUCUGGAAACUUCACAUCCAAACAUACAAAGUUUGCGACGAUCAAUUCUAAAAAUGAUCGAAUUAAAUUCUUAACGAUGACUAUUGCCUUCCAAAACAAAAUUUGCGUACCAUGAAGUUGGUAUACUAGUCAAUGUUUAUAUCUAUGCAAUCUUAUUAUCCUGUUCUUUAGACCAAGUAAUAAAACUAUUAUAUGAACACGGACAUUUAUCAAAAGAGGGCUGUAACGAGGCAACAAGUCCAGGAUAUUGCUAUUAAAUUCUAUAGAUUCAAAUUGAGGACCUGAAUUAAAAAUCUGAUUACUAUGAAAACGCAAUUAAAUAUCUAAAGGUAUACAUUGAGUUUGGAAGAGAUAAAUUUCUAAUGUUUUAUUAUCACAUACUAUAUUCUUUAAUUGUUAAAUAUAUUUAUAUACUUUAAAAUGAAACGAAAAAAUCGAUCAAUUUAAACAGCAAGUACUAAUGUUUUGAGAAUUAACUUAAUUAUUUGUUAUAGGUUAUAUAUCGUUGUAUAUUAUAAAGUUACAAACUAAUAUUUAAGGUUCUAGUCUAAUAAAUUGAAUAUUAAUUAUGUUAAUGCGAGAUUUGUGUGUCUUUACUGACAUAUGCAGAGCAUCCUUAUUUUUCCCAAAACUUAGGUGCUUUUUGUGCCUAGCGUGACCGUUAAAACAGUAUUAAUAAUCAUAGUCUCAUUACUUGAAAGCUAUAUUCAAAAUACCGAAUCAAAUGUUACUGGUGUUAAUACUAUACAAAAAAAAUUAGUGAGGUUAGACUAGGAUCUUAUGAUUAUAGUAUGCUUCAAGACUGUAAGUUGUUUGCAUUAUUAUAUACUUCCUAUAAAAAUACAUUAGUAGUUAUUUUGUCCUGUUAUACUUUUAACGUUUUGAAUUCAGGUCUUCAGUUUUACUGUUAACGCUAAUAUUUUAAAACUUUUAGAAAUUAAUUGUGCAUUUAUAUGUGUUCCGGAAUAUCUCGACGUUUUAAUCAUAUAUUAUACAUACUUUUAAACUUAUGUCGCCGGCUAAAUUCGUUGAGAUAAUGUUUAUGUUUCUUGUAUCGUCCGUUGUCGUUUAAUACUUCGUAUAACUAGAGCAAAAUAAAUCAAGGGAACGCGGACCGAAAAUUCGUAUUAUUUUACAAUAGGUGAAAUAAUUAAACCUUCAAGGACGAAGGAGAUUAUUUCAUGAACAAUAUUGCCUUCAGAGAUAUAAAGAAAUGUAAAUUUCUAAUCAAAUAAAUGUAACAAUAUUCUGAUUAUAUCUGUUAUAAAAAUAUUAUUAAUUUGUAUGAAUAAAAUUUAUCCUUCUGAUAACAUUAACUGUUGAUCUGAAAUGUAAAAAAAAUGACAAUUUAAAUGUUACUGAAUGUUAAUAAACGCAAAUCAUUAAUUUAUUCGAGUUAUAUUUAUUUUACCUGUUUCUGUUACAACGUUGAAAGUAUGCGAACCUAAUAAAAGUAGUUGACGUACAAAUUUUUAAGCCAAGAAAAAUCUUUAUUUACCACCCAAACAUUACAUUUAUAUGUUACACUUAUAUCUUAAUUAUUCUUUUCUCGUUUUUCUUUCUUUUUUUUUUUUAAUGGAACGUAAAAAUUGUUCGUGAAAUUUGUAUGAUUAUCACUCAAUUGAUGCUGAUGCUGCACUGCACCUGCAAAAUACUUAGCGACAUGGAAGUAACGUUACGAAAUGUAGCUCGAUCAUUAAUAUGUGGAAACUUGGCUCUCCCCCUAACGUCAUAGCACAGUGGAUUAAUGGUUCAAAAACAUUUUACACGCAUCUUACAAAUUAGUAGCAAUGUGUUUGAGAUAAAAUUGAAGAUGUAUAGUUAGUAAUAAAUAAAUGAAAGUUGCACAGAUCGAUAUCAAUGUAUGAAAUACUCCAUAUGAGAAUUAUAACAUAAUUUUAGCAACUUUCACUUACUAUGCAUACAAAAUUUAGUAUUAUCGUAAUAUGAUAUUACUAGACAUUCGUAUUGCAGUUCAAUUCUUAUUUUAAUUUGACAUUUGAAACACGUGCUUCACCGAAAACAACUUUUAAUAAAUACAUUCAAAAUUAUUGAACAAAUAGAUAAAGGUUAUAUUUAUUUACUUCGAUCGCCACAUAAAACAUUUUUUGCCAACGUUAUAUCAGCCUUUAUAAUAUAUCAAAAUAUUUCUAAAAUAAUUAUUUUCUAAGCCCCUAAUAUGAUUCUUUCGUUUCGAGUAUAUGAGAAAGCUGUCCCUUUUUUUUUAUAUCAAUUUAAUAUUAUCUUAACAUAUUUUAAUACAAUUACCAUUUAUAGUCAAUUAUUUUUAUGUAGUUUAUAAAAGUUUUUUUUAUUCUACGUUAAUUUGAUCAGAUAACAGAAAUCUAAGUUGAAACAACCAUAAUUACCAUAGAUAACAAAAAUAUAUAAAAGUCUUGUUACAUACAUUAAAAAAAAUGUUAAUUGGUAAUAGAUAAAGGUAUAUCUAUGUUAGGAAAUAUUUUACUUGUAAAUGUUAAGAAAUUAGUGUACAAACGACAAGCAGAAAUUGUUAUAACAUUAAUAAUGUAUAACAUGUUACAAUUAUAUAUACGUAUGCAUAAAAAGAAAGAGAUAUAUAUUUUAUUUGGCAAUAAAUUCAAGGUGCACACGUACUUUUUUCAAAAUGUAUAAUGAUCGAAUUAGACCUAUUCUUGUUAAAAUAUUUAGUAUUUAUAGAAUUAUAUACGUAUAUACACAUAUGUAUGCGCGUAUAUAUAUAUAUACAUACACACACAUAAAAACAU